AUGGCGCCCGAGGAAUACUCCCGUUCCUCGAUCUAUAGCCUGGCCACGGGUCAGGGUUCCGAUGAGCGCGCGUCUCGCGGCUCCGAGGUUAUCCGCUCCGCGCUCCCCUCGCCCAUCUCGCACAUGGAGCAGGCGGCCGUGGGGCGUCGCUUGCCCAUCCCGCAGGUGGACGCGGACCGCCAUCCCUUCCUCGACGGCGACGACGCGUACCAUCCCGCCGUCCGCCCGUCCGUGACCAAGAAGACCCCGCAGAGCUUCCACAUGGAGAGCGCCCCCGACGAGUGGCGCCCGUCCAUCGCGCCCAUGCCCCCGACGUCUGCCAACGCCGCGGGCGUCACCGACGCGCGCAGGUCCUACAAAGCCGCGCACGAGCUCGGCUCCCAGCUCGCCCAUCCCGAGAACAUCCCGGAGGAUGACAAGGAGUUCGACCCGGAUGCCCGCCGACACAAGACGUGGACGCCGCACUCGCACAUGCUCACCGUCGGCCGCGUGCCGUACGGGGGCAAGACCAAGGACACCAGGGCGUCCGUCUUCCCCACCCAGGACGACCCGGAGGAAGCCGACUGCUUCGGCAGGGCCAAGUCGCUCCACGGAAAGCCGAGCGGAAAGGCGAGACCCGCGGGACCCACGCAGCACGAGGCGACGCACUUCUCGUUCGUCGCCGAGGGCACGACGCUCGUCGAUGACGACCCGGGUGCGGCGAACGAUAGCACUACAUACUCCCCGGACGCGUACAGGCGACAGAAAGGGGCGCACGCCAAGUACGCGUGGGCGGAUAACAACCGACCGGCUACGGCCAACCCGAAUUUCCUAAUCGCCGAUCGGCCCGAAAAGCCGCUCGGCCUCGGGAACAUGCGCGGCCGCGGCGGGAUCACCCCGCAUCCCGACUCCAUGUCCAUAGAGAAGGGAACGUCCAUCGUGGGGAGCGAGUGGGGUGCGCCGGUCGACGUGACGACCGAGCCGGUGACGCUCAACCCCAAGGGUUCGCCCGCGAAGGGCGUCAGGUACCACGACCCGUGGGGCCACAGCGUCGAGAGCGAGGGCGUCAUCGCGUACAAGCACUCGCGGGGCGCGGGGGCGCUGACGCCCAAGACGGACGAUUACCGGCUCGUGGACCCGCGGGCGGAGGAACGGGAAAAACACGAGGCGGCCAUCAUGGAGGCGACGGCGAGGAGGACCGAGGAGCUCAUGGUCGACAUGAAGGGCAUGUGUCAAAACGACGCCGUCCUGGCGGCGAAUAGGGAGCGCGCGCGGGGUUCGUCCGGGGUGCUCGGCGGGUACCUGUACGAGGUGAGACCGCCGAAGGUGACGCUGCCGCCGACCGAUCCAAACUCCGUCGCCGCCGCGCUCGUCCGCGACCGCUAG